AUGGCCAAGACUGUUCACGAAUUCGAUGAAGACAAGAUUGAGAACUACAAGGACGAUAUCGAUACCCUCCUAGUAUUCACCGGUCUGUACUCGGCUGUCCUAUCAGCUUUCGUCAUCGAGUCCUUCACCGACCUCCAGCCCGAUCCGAACACUCAGAUGACCUUCCUACUCGAGCGCAUCGCCAAUCAGACCCAGAGCUACACCAUCACGUCCGGGACCCUCAACUCCACUGCUCCACCGCCCCCUCCCCCUCCCCAGUUCACCGCUCCUCUAUGGGCCGUCCGCGUCAACGGCCUGUGGUUCGCGAGUCUCAUCAUCAGUCUCGCGACAGCGUCGUUCAGCAUGCUGGUCAAGCAGUGGCUGCGCGAGUACCGCGCAUUCGAGUACACUUCCCCGCGAGAAGGCCUCCGUGCACGCCAGUAUCGGAAGCCGGGGCUCGAGAAAUGGAGGGUGUUCGAGAUCGCGUCCGUGCUCCCGAUG